UCAGGUUGGAUCCGUCUCCUCGUCCUUCCUGUUGCAGACAGCCGCUGGAGGAAAAGUCCAGGAAACAGAUUUAUUUUCCUCCGUCCUCCCGAACACGUCAAGCCAGAAGGCUGCGUUCUUCUGUCUGAAUAUUUAAACCGGCACGUCAUCCUCAUCUUUAACUGCUUUUCAUUAUAAAUCUGCUCAUAUUUCUUGGAACUCGCUGCCAGUUGCUGUUUUUUUCUCUUCUUACGUGUCUUUGUUUGGGUCCCCAGAGGAUGAACUGCUGGAUCAUUCUUCAACCGCUGGUGGCAGAUAAGUCAAGUAACUGUAACUAUCUAGUACUACCGUAGUAUUUCUCUACUAGUCUUCAGAGGUGCAAAGAGUACUACUAUGUAAAAGUACCACAUGCUGUAUUCAAGACUUCGGUAAAAUAGUACUAGUACACUCUGUGUACCGGAACAUAUGUUCACUGACUCGCCCUCACCCUGCAGCUUAUAUCCAUUUACUUUUAAUUUAUUAGUUAUUCUUUCUCAAAUUCAGGAACGAUGCAAGGUUUGUGGGUAUUGUAGUCUUAAGAGCGGUCCUCCAAGCUGUCGGCAAAACCAGAACUACCAGAUUCCUGAGAAACAGUUUACGCUUAAAGUUAUUUCCUGUGAAGAGGUCAACAUUUAUAGAGAAGCAGGGUACAAGGGGUUCCAGGUUGCAAGGUUCCUCCUCUUCUUCCUCCACCUCCUUCUCUGCCUUCCCUUCUUCAUACUCCUCCUCUGCCUCUUCCUCCUCCUCUUUCCCCUCGUCCUCCUGCUCUCUCUUCUCCCCCGUCUCCUCUCUAUAACAGAAACAACACUCUGCUUCACAAACACACUCAUGGAUUAUUAUCACCUUUGUCUGCUGCUGUGGACCUGCAGCUUCCUGCCAGAUCUUCAGUUCUGCUUCAACUUUGACACCAAGAACUUCAAGAUCUUCUCCGGUUCUAAAGAAAACCAGUUUGGAUACACGGUGCAGCAGCACCAGGCGGGAGGACGGCAGUGGUUGCUGGUUGGAGCUCCCUUUGAGUCCACGGAGCAGCAGCAGACUGGUGAUGUGUUCAGGUGUCCUCUGGACACCAGGAACUCUGUAAACUGCAGUAGGCUGAACCUUGGGAAACUGUCUCUGGACCGCGUGUCUGAGAGGAAGGACAACAUGAGGCUGGGCAUGACACUGACCUCUAACCCCAAGGACAACAGCUUCGUGGCCUGCGGUCCUCUCUGGUCCCAUGAGUGUGGGAGCUCCCUGUACAGCACUGGGAUCUGUUCCAGAGUCAACCACAACUUCAGACUGUCCACCACCAUGUCCCCUGCCCUGCAGCGGUGUGAGACCUUGAUGGACAUUGUUAUUGUUCUGGAUGGUUCUAACUCCAUCUACCCGUGGUAUGAGGUGCAGAACUUCCUCAUCACCGUCCUGCAGAAGUUCUACAUCGGCCCGGGUCAGACCCAGGUGGGCGUGGUUCAGUACGGCUCCACCGUGGUACACGAGUUCAGUCUGGGAGAGUACCAGACAGUGGAGGAGGUGGUGGAGGCCGCCAGGGGCAUCGACCAGCGGGGGGGAGAGGAGACAAGGACGGCCCUGGGCAUCAACGUGGCGCGGUCGGAGGGGUUCAGGCGCGGCGGUCGACCUGGCGCCCGGAAGGUGAUGAUCGUGAUCACGGAUGGAGAAUCUCACGACAGCCCCCAGCUGGUGGAGGCCGUGGCUGACAGCGAGAGGAACAACGUCACCAUGUACGCCAUCGCUGUUCUGGGUUAUUACAACCGCCGAGGGAUCAACCCUGCGGGCUUCCUGAAGGAGAUCAAGUUCAUCGCCAGCGACCCCGAUGAGAAGCACUUCUUCAACGUGUCGGACGAGGCGGCGCUGAAGGACAUUGUGGACGCGCUGGGGGAGAGGAUCUUCUCCCUGGAAGGAACCAGCAGUCAGGGUGGAGGCUUCGGGCUGCAGAUGGCUCAGGCUGGCUUCUCCUCCCAUUUAGUCAAAGACGGCGUUCUGCUCGGGGCGGUCGGCGCUUACGACUGGACCGGCGCCGUGCUGAAAGAGACCAAACACGGCAAAGUGGUUCCACCAAAGUCCUCCUACGAGGGCGAGUUCCCAGAGGAGCUGAAGAACCAUGGGGCGUACCUCGGUUACUCGGUGGGUUCUCUCAUCUCGUCUCGUGGCUCUCAGCUCUACGUGGCUGGAGCUCCGAGGUUCAACCACACCGGGAAGGUCAUCGUCUUCAGCCUGAAGAACACCGGGAACCUGACUAUCCUGCAGGCACUGGUGGGGCAGCAGAUCGGCUCGUAUUUCGGCAGUGUGCUGUUAUCGAUGGACGUAGACGAUGAUGGACAGUCGGACCUACUAGUGGUGGCGGCUCCCAUGUUUUACAGCGAUGGCUGGGAGAGAGGGAAGGUCUACAUCUACACUGUUACUCCACAGACCUCGUUCAUACUCCAGGGGGCGCUGGAGGUCUCUGAGUGCUCUCAGAAUUCCCGGCUGGGUUCGGCGCUGUCCCAGAUACCCGACAUGAACGGGGACGGCUUCGGGGAGCUAGUGGUCGGAGCGCCGCUCGAGGACGACCACCAGGGGGCGGUCUAUGUCUUUUAUGGUCAGGACAAAAGCAUCCAGCACCAGUACAGACAGCGUCUUUCUGCAGCCGGGUUCUCUGCAGGUCUGCAGUACUUCGGUCAAAGUCUUCACGGUGUUCUGGACGUCAAUGCCGACGGACUGGUGGACCUCGCUGUGGGAGCACUGGGAGCAGCUGUCAUCGUCUGGUCUCGUGUAGUUGUUCGUAUUCAGGCCAAGCUGAACUUUGAACCUGAGAAGGUCAACAUCUUCAACAAAGACUGUCACCGAAUGGGGAAGGAGGUCACCUGCAUGUCCCUUAACAUCUGUCUGAGUCUGGACACCACGACGAAGACCAGGACGAAUACCAGGACGGAUGUUGCGGUCUUGUACAAUCUGGUUCUGGAUGAGAGACGUUUUCCUCCUCGAGCUGUUCUGGACGAAGCGGACCGACAGCAGCCCAGGACUUUGUCUCUGGAGGUCGGAGGUCAGAGCUGCCAACGCCUCGGCUUCUCCAUCCAGGAGACAACGGAUUACGGGCGUCCCAUUGCGGUCGUCCUGGAGACGGGAUUGAGGAGUUUGGACGAGGGGCCGGUGUUGGACCCCGACUGGCCGAGUAUCCUGAGGGCCGAGCUUCCCUUCUGGAACGGCUGUAAGCAGGAGGACACCUGCAUUCCCGACCUGGUACUCCACAGUCACGCCGACCUCAUGGAUGUUCAACAGUUCUGCAGCCUGAGGGACCGGGGAGCCGGGGCGCUCUGCAGCCUCCAGGGGGCGCCGGAGGGCUCAAAGCAUGUCGUGGAGGCCGGCAGGAGGAGGGUGGUGGUGUCCGUCCGACUGGAGAAUCAGGGAGAGAACGCUUACGGAGCCUUCAUCAACAUAUCCGCCUCCUCCAACCUCCUCUUCUCCAGCCUUAUGGUCAAGGACCAAUCUGACUUUCAGAUCGAGUGCUUCGCUGAGGACAGACGGGCCAAUCAAAGGAGCUGUUACAUCAGCGCUCCGUUCAUGAAGUCCUUUUCUCAAGUGUCCUUCCGGGUGGAGUUUGAGUUCAACCGCUACGUCUUCCUGGAUCACGUUCAGGUCGUCAUGGCGACCGGCAGCGAGGGAGAGGACAGUUACCCAGACAACAACGUCAAUGACAUCUUCCUCCGCCUGAAGUACCAGACCGACCUCCUCUUCACCAGAGACCCAAACCCUCCUCGUUUUGAGAUUAGAUCCACCUCCUCCUCCUCUUCCUCCAGAGAAAAACCCGAGAGCAGCUCUUCCACCUUCAACCUCACUUAUUAUAUCCAGAACCUGGGCUUGUUCUCAGUGCAGGACGUCCUGCUCAGAGUGGAUAUCUGGGCCGUGACCCAAGAGGGAAACCAGCUGGUCAACGUGACGGACUACAGCAUCGAGCAGGGAGCCGGGACUCACUGCACGCUUCCUCAGCCCAGAGCAACUAAUCAGGUGACAACUGAGGACCUGUCUCACCUGUCUCAGCUGAACCUCAGUAACAGUGGGAGCCUGGUGGUCCUGUGCGAACUCAACCUGCCGGCCUCCAGAGGGCUGCAGGUGACGCUCAGAGGACGACUUCUGCUCCCCGCUCUGCUCGCUGUGAGCUUCAGGUCUUUGGAGUUACUGACAGCAGCCUCCAUCCAGCUGGAAGAAUCCAGUCCCAUGUUCCUCCAGGAGGACCGACCUGUCAGACAGAUACUCCUGCAGCUCCGGAAGGACGAGGACCAAGUGGUCCCAGUCUGGAUCAUACUGGGGAGCUCAGUGGGGGGCCUGCUGCUGCUGGGCUUGCUGGUGCUGGCCCUGUGGAGGCUCGGGUUCUUCAACAGAGGGAGGAGGCGGGAGGAGGUGGAGCAGCCGGUAGCCAAUAGGAAGCCAGAGGAGGAGCUACGGCCACGGCGCUGCAUUUUCAAAGACCCGUAGAGUCAAAACGAUUCAGAGAAGUUCUGAGGUCCGCAUUGAGUUUAACAAAAAGAACUAUGGGGCCCGUUGUUCACGUGACACAGCGGUCCGACCUUUGACCUGUUGUACGACUUUAUGAGUGAACGAGGAGCACCUGAACAUAUCAACGGUCAGAAACUUUCACGACUUGCCGUAUUUUUGUAUGAAAACAAAAAUCAAUUGAAGAGUAACUUUCUGUAAGAAAUCCUAUGUAUCAUGAAAUAAAAUAAAGACUUUGGUUUAUAGAAAGAGGAAAACAAUAAAUCUUAUUCCAGACUAGACACAGAUUAGCUCAAAGCUAACUAGCUAACACGAAGAUAUUUACACACAACGCUCCGGGAUGCCUUCAGGUUCUGCUGGGAGAUCAGAAACAACAAAAAGUGGAUAAAUAUGAUUUAAUACUGAGCCUAUUUUUAAAUACUGAUACUUUUGUUGUAUAAAAUAAAUCUACAACUUUAAUGUAAAUAUGUAUGCAUGCCGCCUCUCCGUUAAAUGUAAUAAACAUACAUGAUGGGUA